GUCUCGUAGGCGACAUUGUGUUAAUCGUGGUGAUGCGUAUAUAUAUAUAUGAAGACGGCGCAAAAGCAAACAAUCAGAAAUCUGCAGGAGUCUGACAGGAGAAAAUACACAAUAACUAUACUGAGAACUUGGUGGAAUCAACGAGCAUCAGAAGCAAGUCGUCUGAGUUAUACCAAAGUUGACAAUGACAUCUGUAGGAGCAAUUGAGAAGACUGAAAAGGCAAUAAAAAACAUAUCUAAAGGAAAAGACAAAAAGGAAGACUGUUUACUGAUGAUGGCACCGUUUGCCAACUGGGAUAGGUUUCUCACCCCAGCACCAUCAGCCAUAGCCAUACUUGGUGAACUUUUACUUAUUUCGACAAAAACAGAUUUUACACUGACAGAGCAUAUGCCAGCUGAAGGAUUUCAGUAUAUCAAAUAUCCUGAUUCUUUCCGUGCUUGUUUAGUACAGGUCAGUAAUAGUGGAUGGAAUGCAUUUAAUGAAGCCCACACAAGUAUGGAUCAAAUACGCUUGAUGUCAGGAAACGUUGAUAGUCAUAUAAAGGAUUCUGUAAGGCUACUCAUGGCAGGUUCUCCUAAAGAAGUAGAAAAAAUGCUUCCAUUAUCCUUAAAAAAUGUGGAACAAAUUGCCGAUGAUAGUUUGCAACUGGCUGAGAACAUUGAGAAAAAGUUUCUUUUUGUGAUGCAUCUUACAGAAGAACUUUUAGAAGCCUCGACGAAUACAAAAAGCGUGUACGAUCGAAAGGCAAAUAAUACUGCAACGUUGAUACAAGUAGCUGAACUGGAGCAAACUCGUGCUGAAGAGGCCAAAAAGGAAAGACAGAAAAGAUAUGAAAAUAUGGUAAAACAGGUUAACAAGGCUCAGGAUGAAUAUACCGAGGCAAUUAAAGAUAUGCCGGGAAGCGGACAACUUUUGGGAUUGUCUUUUGCAGAGGGCAUGGUUGACUCUGUUAAGUCCAUAGUUGGACUACCUGCGGAUAUGGUUAGGGGUCUAGGAAAAGGAUCCUUUAACAUUGCACAUGAUUUCUUAAGAUGCACUAAUGAACAGUCACAUAUAAACAUUCAAACAAUCACAAAGCCUUAUGAUGUACAACUAGCUGAGUAUAACGUUCUAACAACAGUACCUAUGAUAGAUGUAAACAUUCAAAACCUUGCACUCAUGAUUGGUAUACCUGGACACAUACCUGAUCUGAAUAAAAUAAAAGAGAACAUUGGAGCAUUGCAAGCAUCCCUAUCACGGCAUCAAGCAACCGUGUCGGCAGAAAAGCAUUCCGGGAAACUUGGGGUCCGGAUUUCUGAACUUUGCAAGAAAGCUACAGAAAUCUGCACUGAAGCACAGAACAUUGCUUGUGCCAUUUAUUCCGACAGAACGGUAGCAGACCUCCAAAAAAAGGUUUUUGAGAUAAAAACUGAAAGUAUGUCACUUGUUGCAAAAGCAAAUAAAAGAUUGGGAAGAAAUCCACUUGAUGAAAAAUCUCCAUGUCUGGGAAUAAAUCCUGUUCAAAGUGAAAAUUCCAAUAUCGUUAAUUCAGUUAUGGAAAACGGACGAUUUAAGACAGAACUUGCAAAAGAAACCCUAAGAGACACCAAAGAUCGGCAGGAGGCAGCUGAUAAGCAACUAGAAGAAGCAAACGAACGACUCUGUGAAGCCUUGAAAACAAUGAAAACACUAAAUCUAGAAGAAAUUGACUUUGACACUGUGCGCAAGACUUUACAGCAGGGAAUUAGAGCAUUGGCACAAGUAAGAGCGCAAUGGGGAAAACUUGUUAUCUUCUUUGAAGAAAUAUCAAACAUCAUCAAAUGCUGCAUGAAUACAUCUUUGAAGAAAUUUGUUCAAACUGCUACUGUAAGCCUAGAGUUGAAAGGAGAAGGAGAAUUGAUGUCAAAUGCUUUUCGUGCAAAUAUGUAUGAACAGACACUACAUGCAAGUCGAGUCAGUUAUGUUGUUAGUACAAUGGCUGGAGCAUACGUUGAGAUAUCGAGAGAAAAUUUAAUGGAUCAGAUAACGCAACUUGCAGAUUUGAUAGGAUUAGAUCCUGGAGAUGAUAUGCAAAAGAUAAUUUUAGGAAGACAACGUCUACACGACCAAUGCGAAUUAGCACAACAUGCAAUAAAGAAAAAAAUCAAAGAGGAGCAUCAGAAGUAUGAAAAUGCUGUAGAGGAGAGAAUUUCCAGAAUUCAACGAGAGGUGGAAGCUGUAAUGCCUCCUCUUGAAAAUUUGACAGCAAUACAAGAAGCUGUUAAGGAAGGAUUUAAAGAGGAAGAUUUGGACGAUCUUGUAGGCUAAUAUGUACAUUUUUUGUUAUGUAGCUUUUAUCGAACAUUCUUAAUAUUCCAUACAUAUAAACUUUCAUAGUUAAUUUUAUAAAAUUUAUUUCCUCGCAUUUUUUUUUCUAUGUACAUUAAGUGAGAUGGUUUUAUUAAAUGCUAUAUACACCCUCAUCAAUAUUAUUCGUGCGAGUGAUGUCAAACAAAUUUGUAUUUACAAUUUUGUUAUCAAACCUGUAAUAAAUGAUACAAAAAUUGAAAGACAUUUAAUCGAGAAGACAUAUGAAAGGUCAAUAAAUAGUCUAUUUAAAUUAAUUACACGGACAAAUUAACGACAAAAAAAACCUGUCUGUCAAAAUGGUUCAACAUUAUGAUCAGUAGGUGAGAAUGUCCAGUUUUAAAAGUACAUAGUUAUAACAAAACAACAAAAGGCAGAUUGCUUCUCGACAUUUCAAUGACAUAAAAAAUGUAAACAAACAUGAUUUUUUUCACAAAUUCGACUAGAAAAACUACUUUUAUCCGAAUAAGAACAUUCUAUUUGAAUUAAUCAAAUAGUUCUCAUAGUUAUUUUGUAUAAACAUAAUCUGAAACUUGGUAAAUAAAGAACUAGUUACACAAAAAAAAAUAUUUUUCGGAUCGUGAAAGAUCACAAACCGCAUUUUUGAAGAUCGUGAAAAGGAUCGUGAAAGGUCUGAUGCUACAAAAACGUUCAAAUUAUUCUUCAAUUAUCUCAUAAUUAAUAUUUGUUAUUGGUAUUGAGAAAAGCUAGAUAGGUCAACAUCCUCAAGCAUUUCAAAGUAUUAAUAUUUUCAGAAAAUGAAAUGUAAAAUAGUUGGAUGAUUGUAAAAUGAAGCUUUUUAUUGUUAUGUGAAGUACCCACUUAUCACGAGUUAUAGGAUACCCACAUUUUGUAUUUUGGAUCCUAUAAACUACAUGUCCGUCAGACAGGAUUCACCUGACCCCGAAUUUUCCUCAUUUCAUGGAUUAAGAUUCAUUGUUGUGGUCAAGUCCGUAUCGCGGAUUCGUUCAGCUUUAGGAUAGGUAAAAUCACAAAAAUACUGAACUCCGAGGAAAAUUCAAAAAGGAUAACUGUCUGUUGUUAUAAUUGUUAGGUGUAGAUUUUCGACUUCUGCAAGGUUUUAAAUAACAUCGAACUCAUUAUCAUGCAUGCAUCAUUCGGCAAUGUUUGUUUUAUGUUGUUUAGCCUUUUGGAUAUAUACCGGUAUGCUAUAGCGCCACGGUAAUUCGUGUAUGGUGUAGAUGUCUGUCGGAGUGAGACAGGGAGAUAAUUUAAAUUCCAUCUUGUACAAUAUUUUUGUUAAUGAUAUUCCAUUUUUGAUGAGAUUGCUUUCCAGUUAAACUAAGUAAUACAAAACUUCAUUGUCUGAUGUAUGCAGAUGAUCUAAUUUUGCUUUCUGAAACUCCUAUGGGUCUACAAGAAUGUUUUGAUAAACUACAGAUCUAUUGCAAUAAUUGGGGACUGGAAGUUAAUAUUACUAAAUACAAAGUCAUGAUUUUUAGAAAUUCUGGUAGAAUUCUUUCUACUCAAUUUCAUUUAAAUAAUACCCCCCUAACGAACACAUAAAAUAACCCUACUUGGGUGUCAAAUUUAGUAUUAAUGGCAAAAUUACAGAUCCCCAACAUGAAAUGUAUAAUAAAGGGCUAAAGGCCUUUAAAAACUAAAAAAUGUUUCUCAGGUUAUAAACCAAAAAUAAAAAAACUCUACUUCAUGUGUUUGACCAUACAGUUAAAUCAGUCUUAAUGUAUGGCAGUGAAAUAUGGGGUGACAUUAACUUUCACAAACUAAACACUUAAGGGGAUAACUAUUUCAAAACAUUAUGUGGAGAUCUGGCAGUAGAGAAGGCUCAUUUAAGCUUUUGUAAAUUUAUACUUGGAGUAAGUAAAAAAGCAACAAAAAUUGCGGUCAUGGGUGAACUGGGCAGAUAUCCUCUAUUUUUUGGAGGUUUUAUUAAAUAUGUUUAAAUACUAUAUACGUUUAAAAAAAUCCGAUGAUUUAUUAUUAAAAGAGGCUUUCAACCUCUCAAAUCUCUACAUGAUGAGCAGAAAAAGAGCUGGUAUACCAGUAUUCAAAACUUCAUUUAAAUACUUUAGCAUCAAUGAAAAUUAUUCACUUAAUUCAAAGACGAAGUUAAAAAAAUAUUUAUGCAAAAAGAUGCAAUAAAAAUAUGAUUUAAUAUGGCAAACUGAGCUUAAUAAUGAUUUCAGAGGCAAUACACUAUAUGGUAACAAGCUUAGAACUUAUAGAUUUUUUUAAAAGCAGAUUUUGCUUAGAAUAUUACCUUUUUGCAGGAAAAUUUUAGAUAUAGACAUUACUUAACGAAAUUCCGUAUCAGUGCUCACGAUUUAAAGAUUUAGAGGUGAAGGUACAAAAAUGUGACGGUGUCAGAAGGUAUCUGUAAAUUGUGUGGUACUGAGGUUGAGGAUGAAAUUCAUUUUUUUCUCCAGUGCCACAAACUUUCAAAUAUUCGUUUUAACUUUUUAAAUGAAAUAAAACAACUGUUUAAAAAUUUUAGUGGUUUAGAUAUGAAAUCACAAUUUCUCAUAUAGGAAAGUUUCUUUAAAUGAUAUAUAGAUAUAGUAAUGCCCAGUGACCCCCCUUUUUAACCUAGUUAUAUUAUUAAACACUGUGCUUGUUGUAUUCUUCUGCUUGUCUUGAUAUAUAUUUUUUUUAUAACAUUGUUUCUUAAUCCUAUUGAAUCACUUGUAAUCAUUUGUAUGUAAUUAAUGUUGAUUGUUCUGCUCCUUGUGGGCGCUUUGAUUAGCAAUAAAAUAUAUUUGAAUUUGAAUUU